ACUCUUCAUUUCUAGCCUCCUGCAUGUGUGUUUUUUUCUUCUACCCUAUUCUGGUUUGUGUAGCUUGUUCGCUGUCUUGCCUGUGUUUCCAGUGUAGCUAGGGUUCAUUGCACUAAGCUAUGCUAUGUGUAUAAUAAAGCAGUAAAAAGUUUGCACCUUGUAUAUAUAUGAUCCUUAUGGGUUUGCUUUAAGAAAAUCUUUAAAUGUAUACAUGAUGUUUACCUUUACUUCUAUGAUCCGUUUGUGUUGUGUGUGUGGAGAAACGUAGUAUGACUUUAUGACUAUCAUCUUAAGGUCCUUUGUUAUUACGCGUAAAGAUCUAAUAAAGUAGUGGUUCAUUUAUUUAAUUUAUCUGACUAUUAAUUUUAACUGAUUCCUUUCACUUGUAAACCACUCUCAGCAUUAUGAAACUUAUUUUGAGUUUUAUGCAUAAUAAAGUUUGUAGUAUAUUUGCUCUGUUGCAUUUUAUGAGAUAUCCUUUAAUUGUAGUUUUGUCAUAAAGUUUGAAAAAAUAAAUAUUGAUCUCACCAAGGUAUUAAGGACCGAAUGAAAAUAGGCAUGAUUGAGAUCAUAUUGCAUAUACUUUUCAUUCACACAUCCGUACUUGAUUGAAUAUAUUAAUUUGGUGAUCAUUAAGGAUCGAGUUAUGGUAAUGCGACAAAAGUCGCUUGGUCUAUAUAAUUAUAUGCAAUUUUUUGCUCACUUUUGGUUAUUGAAUGUAUGUUUUUUUGAAUAAUUUGUUGGGUAAGCGAGAGAUAUACUCAUUGUGAAGCCUUAUUAGUGGAGUCUAAUUCGGCUAACAUAAUAGGAAUUUGGUCCCAAGAACAUUCACAACCUUUCGCUAUUCCCAUUAGUUCGUGAGAGAUAGGACUAGAGGCUAAUGUUUGUGUAAGAUCAAGUACCACAAUCUACCAUCAUGGAAUCAGGUACACUUCUGCAUAUAAUUUUAUAGUAUUGGCUUGAUAAUAUCACAAAGAUGAUUAGUGGUUAUAUCUUUAAGUCUAACAAAUGGAGGACUAGAGGAGACCUAACAAGGAGAACAACAAUUUUUUUGCAUUUUUCUCCAAUUCGAGUUUCAACAUAAAAUUUACGUUGUCAUAUAAUACUAAAAUAUACCCGACUCACCCUUUUUCACCUUAACCGGCCCAACCAAAUAAAGAGGAAGCCCACCAAAUCGCGACAGUAAAACCCUAGAAUUUUCUAAUCCAAGUAUUAGACAAUAUCUGCGCCGCGUGCUCAAUAUCAUUGUAGCCCCUUUUCAACAACAAAUAAGAAAAAAGCAAUUCUUCAUCCGAUCGGCACUCAAACUUUGGCCAAUGAUCAUCUUGAAGUUUUGAUUUUGAAGACAAAUUCUCACUUGAAGAUGAGUGCCUAUAGUCAACUAGAGCAAGCACUUCAGAGUAUUCUUCCUAUGAUUAAACCUGAGAGAAAAGAUUGGGCAGUGAGAUUUGACAUCAUGGCAGAUGUUCGAGAUGCUGUUCAGACAGUGGAAAAUCUCAGAGGUGCAACGGUGGAACCAAUUGGAUCGUUUGUAUCUGAACUAUUCACGAAAUGGGGGGACUUAGAUAUAUCUGUAGAGAUACUUACUGGUUCUCAUAUCUCAAAUACAGGGAAAAGGCAGAAAGAAAGUUUGCUUGCAGAUUUAGUAGGAGCUCUUAGAAGUAAAGGUACAUGGCGCAAGCUCAGAUUAUUCAGUAAUGCCAGAGUACCUUUCUUGAAGUUGGAGCACAGCCUUCAAAGGAUCUCUUGUGAUAUCUAUAUUAAUAAUUUGCUUGGUCAAAUGAAGGCCAAGAUGCUGUUUUGGAUCAAUGGAAUUGAUAAACGAUUUCGAGAUAUAGUUUUGCUGGUCAAGGAAUGGGCCAGAGCGCAUGAAACAGAUGAAGCAGAGUCUGGGACUUGGAAUUCGUAUUGUCUCACCUUGAUGGUUCUCUUUCACUUUCAGACAUGUGUACCGGCAAUUCUACCUCCUCUCAAGGAAUUGUAUCCAGGAGAUUUGGCACAUGACCUUUCAGGUGUGAGAGCUGAUGCUGAGAGACAAAUCGAAGAAACAUGUGCUGUGAACAUAAACAGGUUCCAGUUGAAUAGGUCUAGGAGGAUAAACCGAAGUACUUUGUCUGGUCUGUUUAUGUCAUUCUUUGAAAAGUUCUCUGACAUUGAUGUGAGGGCCUUAGCACAAGGAAUGAAUGUUUACUCUGGAUGUUGGGAAGAUAUCGAGAUCAACAUGGCGUGGCAGCCCAGGACGUUUGCAUUCUAUGUUGAGGAUCCUUUUGAGCAGCCUGUUAAUACUGCAAGGACGGUUACCAACAACCAUCUGACAAAGAUGGCAGAUGCAUUUCGAGCUACACACAAUAUGCUUGCAUCAAAUUAUUAUAACCAGGCUAUCCUUUCCGCUACACUAAUUAGACAAGAUCGAUUGUCACCAGCGAGACGAUCUAUAUUCCGAAACAUGCCAGGAAACAACCGGAGUCGCCCACAGGUGAACCAAGCUUCAUCAUCACAGUCACAAUCACACCAAACUCGGAAUUUCAGGAAUAAUAGAAGUUCCAACAAUGAAAAUAUGAACAAACCGGUGCAGCCUCCUCAUAGUCAAACAGGACAGAUUUGGAAGGCAAAACCAUCUUAAUCGAACUAAAAAUUUGUAACAGGUUACAGCACCGAUCGUAUUUGAUAUCGUAUUGUGUGUGGUGGUUGUUUGUAUUGUUUUGGUAAUUUAACACCGUUGAUGAAAUUGGUAAAAAUACAAAAAAUAAUAGUAA